AUGUCAGAGGAAGGCUCAUCAGCAUAUCAUCACUUUGCCCAAUCUUCCGCUGCGACUUCUCAUCUCAAUAACAACUCCACCAACGCCAGCAUUGAAGUAGAUGCUGAUUUUAUAACGGCAGAUGAUUUUGAUGACCUAUUGGAUUCCAAUGGUGGCGCUCAUUCUCUUCUACUUGGCUCUCAACACUCACAACAUUACUCAUCAUUCCACCAUUCACAACAACCACAACAUCAUCCACCACUACAACAAAUGGCCCAUACCAACAACAACCAUCUCUCUCAACACACAUCUUUUGAUAACACAAUUUUUGAUUCAACCACAACCUCGUCGUCACCUCCUUCCUCCACACUUCUUUCACAACUCCAUUAUAUGAACCAACAACAGCAACAGCAACAACAACAACCAUUGAACAUCAUGAUGAGUGGUAACAAUCACCUUGAGCCAACCACCUUACUUUUGGACAGUAGUGAAAUGAUGUCCAAUCAUCUUCAACAACAACCACCACAGUUGAACACACCAUCGUAUGAUGUGAUGAGCAUGUUGUCAGGCAGCAUCACUCGUCCUCUUCGUCAUCACGCACCGACCAACGCCACAGACACCACUACCAACACCGUAUUUGCCGGUCCGCAGUUAUCCUCCUUUAACUUGACAGCAGCAGUUCAGCAACAACCAACCCAAUCAACAACAACAUCUUCUCAACAACAACAACAAUCAUCAUCUCUCACAGACGAACUCUUCUACAAAGAAAUAGAUCAAGCAUUGAGUGAUUAUGACUCCUCUCUUGGACUCAAAGUCCUUCAUGAUGUUUCAUCAUCCUCUGCGCUCAAUAUCUUAUCAUCAUCGGCACACCAGCAACAAUCCUAUCAUCCUCAUCAUCAGGACUUGCUUUUGAGCAACAUGAUGUUGAAUGAAGCAGCAACCUCCUCCUCCUCCUCCAUUCUGAACAACAACUCCACAGUUGACCUGACUGGAGGUGGUACGAAUAACAGCAGUAAUAAUAAUCCAUCAUCAAUGGUCGUUCCGAUCAAAGCUAAUACACCAACCCUCACAACCAACAACACCAAUAACAUCACCACCACGAAUUCAACUCUCUCAGUCGGACCAUUAGGACAUCAAGUGAUUGGAGGUGCUCCUCCACCACCAACACCACAAAACAUUCAAGAGUUGCUUCAACAACAACAACAUCUUUCUUUCCAACUUCAACAACAAUCACAGCAAGGAGGAGGAAAUGAGAGCUCAUCCACGAUGGCCUCGCAACUCAUGAUGAUAGGAGGAGCAGCAGGAAAUCAUCACUAUGUGAGUCCUUCCCCAAACAUGAGUGGUAGUAUUGUUGCUAAUAGCUCUGGAAUGAUGUUUUCUCCUCAACAACAACAACAGCAACAAGCAUCAUUCUUGAUCCAACAAGCCUUCUCUCAGCAGCAACCUGUGGUGUUCCAUCAUCACCAUCAGCAACCCAGUACUCCAUCGUCGAAUGCACCAGUGGUAGGUACUUCUCAGGCUGUUGCUGGCAAUGGAUUUGUGUUUCAGACACAAUUUCCCUUUCAACAACAACCACCACCACAACAACAACAAACCUUUGGUGGAAUUAUUCCAUUCAUGACCACUUCCUCUCCUAAUUUCAAUAGUAAUAGCAAUAGUAACAAUAACAUGAUGAUGGUUUCUUCUCCAAGCUCACCAUUGCCAACAUUGCAAACAAUGAUUGUCAAUCCAUUCCAGACUCAGCAUCAACAACAAGCUCAGCAAUCAUUCCCGAUCAAAUCUGUUGAGAACAUCAAGAUGGAGAGUGAUCGAAGAAAGAAACGUUCCAAUAGUACCAAUUCUGUGAUGAGUAUUGAUUCUACCUCAUCAUCCAUUAAUUUACAAAAGCACAUUCAUGUGAGAAGUCAUUCCAAUCACUCGAAUUCGAACUUGGCGUUGCAUUCUAACAACAAUAGCUCGGGUAAUAACAUGACACCACAAUCACCUCUCGUAUUGAACGGUUCCAAUAUGGGUAGUAAUAGUAGUAAUAGUGGUAAUCAUAGAGCAAUUUAUUCGGAACCUUCCUCUCCCGUCAUGGUGAUGAUGGGUAGCAGCCCCAUUACGAUUCACAACAACAACAACCAAAACAUGAUGAUGUCCCCUUCACCAACUUGCAGUCCUACCUUAGGUUCAUCAUUACCAAACAGCAACAUGACAUCAUCUCAUUCAAGAAGAAGUCGUUCCGGAUCCAUGAGUAGUGGAGGCUCUCACAAACCCUCUGCAGUUCCCAAGAGAACCAGCAGUUUACAAUUUCAUUCGUUUUUCUGUGAUGAAGAGGGUAAUGUGAAGCAGCAAACCUCAUCAACAACAGGAACAACAACAACGACGACCACUUCUUCCUCUCCUCCAACUCUUAACACUACAAGCGCUUCUGCUCAAUCUUCUGCAGGAAACUCUUCUUCGCCUAACAUGAUGAUGGGUGUUUCCUCUCCAACUAUUGCCAAAUUGAAUCAAAUUGAAAACAGAAAGAAGAGAAGUCAAAGUGAUGGAAAUUUGCAACUAUUUGAGCAGAAACAAUCCAAGAAAAAGUCUUCUGGACUCAACUCUCCUCAAUCAUCAACCAUGUUUGAAACGUCCAAUUUAGAAGUUGGAGGUAGUGCUAGUGGUGCAUCUUCUAACUCUCCAGGAGGAGGAGGUACUCAAUUCACAUUUGUUGAUAAUUCUAGUCCUAAUUUAUCCCUUCAACAACAACAGGUACUAUUCAGUAAGAAGAAUUACAUGCCUACCUAUGUACUAAGGCACAAUAUUUAUGACGAGUUCAAGUUCAAAUCCAAGAAUCCCAAUCAAAAGUAUUACAAAUUCUUUGCCAACCAAUAG